AGAGAAGCAGGUUUGAAAAUGAAGGCACGCAUUUAUAAAAAUGAGCGUGACGCAAGACCAGACAGACGAGACGGCACCGUAUUCAUUUCACCUGCCAACAAACCAAAUGGUUUUCAGCAGCAUUGUUAGCUACUCACCAUCCUCUCUGACUCAGGGGAGUCAGUUCAAAUCACCUAGCUAGGUAUUCCACUCUUCUUCUUCUUCUUCCCGAUUCACUUCCUUCUGCAAUUCCAAUUCCUUCUCUAUCUCGAAGAUGGUGAAAAAACGUGUAAUGGUGCCGGCCAAGGACCUUGACUUCUCCACCGUCAAAUACGAACCUGAAGUUAUCCAAGCUCCGCAUGUGACUGGCUUCAUGUUCAGAUUGUUCGUCAGGAUACUUGAAACUCCAUUAAUAGGUCCUCUCAUUGUCAAUAUGAUCAAGAAGGAAAAUAAAAUUGAUCAGAUGUUGCGAAACACUGUGAUACCGGAGGAACCUAUGUUUAAACCAGAAUAUCCACCUCAAGAAAUGGAACCUGGGGUUGUUGCCCUUGACGAAGAUGGGAGACCUGAAGACCGAGUUGAGUCUGCCUUGAAGUGUCUUCUACAUUAUGAUCCAGCUGAAACAUGGGGAAAUGUAUCUGUGCCCUUUCGGUACUGGAAAAUACGUGACUAUGCUUAUGCUUAUCGAUCUAGAAAAGUAACCCCAUCUGUGAUUGCUGAGCGCAUUAUCUCAAUAAUUGAGGAGAAUGGAAGAAAUAAACCUCCAACACCACUGUUGAUAACCUUUGAUGCUGAAGAGCUCCGGAAGCAGGCAGCAGCAUCUACUCAGAGGUUUGAAGCAGGAAAUCCAUUAUCGAUAUUGGAUGGAAUUUUCAUAGCCAUCAAAGAUGACAUAGACUGCUAUCCUUAUCCGUCUAAGGGUGGAUCUACAUGGAUGCAUGAGGCACGCACUGUAAAAAAGGACGCUGUCUGUGUUUCACGACUGCGCAGCUGCGGCGUUAUAUUGAUAGGGAAGGCAAACAUGCAUGAGUUUGGCAUGGGUACGACCGGAAAUAAUCCUAAUUAUGGAACUACAAGAAAUCCUCAUGCUCCUGACAGGUAUACGGGUGGGUCUUCUUCAGGUCCCGCUGCAAUUGUUGCUUCUGGACUAUGUUCUGCUGCACUGGGAACUGAUGGUGGAGGCUCAGUCCGUAUUCCUUCUUCCCUUUGCGGUGUGGUGGGAUUGAAGAUAAAUUACGCGCGGUCCAGCAUGGAGGGGUCAUUAUGUGACUCUGGGACAGUGGAAGUUAUUGGACCCAUCGCUUCGACGGUGGAGGAUGCCAUGCUAGUAUAUGCAGCAAUGUUGGGUGCAUCACCUACAAGUAGAAUCAGUUUGAAACCGUCACCACCUUGUUUGCCAACUCUGUCACUUGACGAUGGUUCGAAUGCUUUGGGAUCAUUAAGAAUAGGAAAGUACACCCCGUGGUUUAAUAAUGUCCAUUCAACUGAAGUCUCUGAUAAAUGUGAGGAUGCUCUCAGUCAGCUGUCAAAGGAUCAUGGUUGUGAAAUGAUAGAAGUUGUUAUACCAGAGCUUCUUGAGAUGCGAACUGCCCAUCUUGUUUCGAUUGGCUCUGAAUGCUUAUCUUCACUGAAUCCUGAUUUGGAAGACGGGAAAGGUAUAAAAUUGACAUAUGAUACUCGUGUAAGUAUGGCUCUUUUCCGGUCAUUUACAGCAGGGGAUUAUGUUGCAGCGCAGUGUCUUAGGCGGAGGAUUAUGUACUACUUCAUGGAGAUUUUCAAGAAAGUUGAUGUCAUAGUGACUCCAACAACCGGUAUGACGGCACCCAGAAUACCUCCUAGUGCUCUUGAAAGUGGUGAAACAGAUAUGCCAACUACAGGUUACCUUAUGAGGUUCGUUGUUCCAGCCAAUCUUCUGGGAUUGCCUGCCAUUUCUAUCCCGGUUGGUUAUGAUAAAGAAGGACUUCCAAUAGGUUUGCAAAUAAUAGGUCGACCAUGGGCAGAAGCUACCAUUCUGCGUGUGGCAUCUGCAGUAGAGAAACUGUGCGGUGAGUCAAAGAAAAGGCCUGUGUCAUACUAUGAUGUUCUGAGGGCUAACUGAAGCUAAAAUAUUCUUUGGCAAUGGAUUAUCAAUGGCUGAAGCCUUCGCUGUGUGUUUCAUCCUUGGGGCAUCUCAUUUAUAAAAAGAAAUAUGUAUUCUGACGAGUUCUUAGUUAAUAAUGUAUGCAGACAAUAAUUGUAAUAAUUUAGAGAUAAAAAUCGAAUAUUAAUAUAUUAUUUAGAAAACAUUGAUGAAAAUAACACGCACAAAUGUCUAGAUGUAAAAAGGAGCUUCCUUCUUGAUUGUAAUUAUGAUUAUGCGCUCUAGAAUGUAUAGCAUUUCUCUCA